AUGAAGCUUCUUGCCGUUCUUACUUUCGUCGCCAUGCUCUCCUCUGCCUUUUCUCAGGGUGGAAUGGCUGAACUAAAAUCUAUAACAGGAGAUGAGCCUUACAACGGGGUUGGAAAUGCUCCGGCUCCGAUACCUCAACCAAUGGGCUUCUGGGGAAGACCAAGAUAUUCUCCAAUGAGUUAUCAACCAGGUUUUGGAGGUGGAUGGUACGGUGCUAGCCCUAUGGAUCGUUUCACUUCAUUCGGACACUCUCCAUAUGGGGCGGAGCCUGGACUACAUCCCUUUGAUAUGCUUUCCAACCUAUUCAGCUCUGUUUUCGAUGACGAUGAGCACCCACGUUUUUCUUCAGCUUCAAACCCUAUGACGAUGCGAUCUGCUAAUACUAUUUCACGCAACCAUUCCCCUUCUCCAUCUCCAUCUUUGUCUAAUAUUUUUUCUGAUAGAUCUUCAUUUUCCGAUAGACCUGCUCCCCGUGCAUCUGCUUCUUCUGGCUCAAGUGGCUUGAACUUAGGCGGUUUCUACACCGGAAAAGGAAACUGA